AUGGGUACGGCUAUGUUCCAUGUAGCCGCUAUCCUUGUAUACCGUCGCAGGAAGAUUGCCACGGUUCCAAUAUCUCAACCACGCGUAUUCCCCGACUCAGGAUUUCAUUGCUUAGAUUUGACUGCCAGAUUCGAAGAAGAAACUCUUCCUGAUUAUUCAGAGGAGCGCUACUAUCCUAUUCACAUUGGUGAAAUUUUUAAAUCCCAAUAUCAGGUCGUUACUAAACUCGGCUACGGCUCAUCGUCAACCGUGUGGCUAUGUCGGGACCUUUGUAAUCGCCGUUAUUUAGUCUUAAAAGUUCAUGUGCGAACUAAACGACAGCCCCCCGAGGUGGGAAUCUCGAAUCAUUUAAAAGCCAUGCAAAGUACUCAUACGGGUAAAAAAUAUGUCCGGCUUAUUCUGGACGCGUUUGAGAUUCCCGGGCCGUAUGGAGUCCAUCCAUGCCUCCUGUACGAGCCUGCUGGGAUCGACAUACGUGAUUAUAUCCACGGUCUUGAGGGUGAUGCCUUACCGGAGAACGUCCUUCGGCCUACCCUGCGGUUUGUACUCAUUGCCCUGGAUUACCUGCACCAAGCGAAUAUCAUCCAUACGGAUAUUCAGCCGAACAAUAUCCUUUUAGGUAUCGAUGACGACUCCAUCCUUGCUGAAAUGGAAGAGGACGAAAUCUCGAACCCCUGCCCUCGAAAACAGCUUCCUGAUCGUACCAUAUAUGCCACUCGUGCAAUGCCUUUGACAAGCGGCGAACCGAUACUCGCUGAUCUUGGAGAGGCGCGACUUGCCGAAGGUAAACAAACCGGCCUCAUAAUGCCAGGUGUGUAUCGGGCACCAGAGGUAUCGUUAGGUAUGGACUGGGACAGUAAGGUGGAUAUAUGGGGCUUGGGUCAGAUGGCAUGGACACUGUUUGAGCAAGGACAUCUUUUCAGAACCCUGAGCCUUGAAACGGAGGCUGAGAAAGCUCAGCGUAUUGCGGAAAUGAUUUCUCUUUUAGGACCGCCCCCGGCUGAGUUCCUUAGACGAAGUCAAGAAAGUCUCAAAUUUUGGGACGAGAAUGGCAAUUGGAACAGUCCUGUGAAGAUCCCAGAGCAAUCUCUUGAAGGCCGUGAAUCUCGGCUUGAGACAGAUAAUCAAGUGCUGUUCCUCCGAUUCUUACGGAAGACUCUGCGGUGGUUACCGGAGGAAAGACCAACUGCGAAGGAGCUUUUAUUAGAUGAAUGGUUGAGAGGAGAUGAUUACUAG